GCUCCACAGAUGUGAGACGCCCGUCCUCUGUAAGCGCUCAGAUAUGGGACUCUUCAACACACCAGUAUUGAUCGUCCCCUUCUUAUUAUUUACAUGUUACAAAGCAGAGAAAUUAAAAACCAGAGGUCUGCGCCAGAAGGAUGUUGACUACAUGGAGAAAUUCUCCAGCUGCCUCCAGGGACCCGCCGGCCCCCCGGGAAGAGAUGGGAAUCCGGGAGUGAACGGGAUCCCAGGCACUCCGGGUGUCCCGGGGCGAGACGGGGCGAGAGGACAGAAGGGGGAGUGUGUGACGGAGCGCUUCGAGGAGCCCUGGAGACCCAACUAUAAGCAGUGCGCCUGGAACGCGCUCAACUACGGCAUCGACCUGGGGAAAAUCACAGAGUGCACGUUCACUAAGCAGCGAGUGGCCAGCUCUCUCCGUGUGUUGUUCAGUGGUUCGCUCAGGCUCAAGUGUAAGACGGCGUGUUGCCAGCGCUGGUACUUCACCUUCAACGGGGCCGAAUGUGCGUCUCCAUUACCUGUGGAGUCCAUCAUUUACCUGGAUCAGGGAAGCCCAGAGUUCAACAACACCAUCAACAUCCACAGAACCACAUCAGUGGAAGGCGUGUGUGGAGGAGUGGGGAAAGGCCUGGUGGAUGUGGCGGUGUGGGUCGGAACAUGUGGAGAUUAUCCUCACGGAGACGCUUCUACUGGCUGGAACUCAGUGUCUCGGGUGAUCAUAGAAGAGCUUCCUCUGAGCAUCUGAAACUCUUCCUCAUCAUCAUCAUCAGCGUUACUGCAUCUUCUGUCCGUCCAGUCUGUUUCCAAACUCUU